AUGGACGUUGCUAGGGCUAGACUACUUUCUAUUCAUUCUUCGAAGUACUAUACUCAGAUGGAGCCUGCAGAACUAUUUGAUUUGUAUAAGGAGCUAAGGUUGUAUUUAGAUGUCCAGAAUGAUUCAUCUCUUGAUGAGAUGCAUUUUCUUUCGCUGAUGGAAAUGUUGUUCUAUGUUGCUGUUUAUUUGAAUAAAGAUAUUGAAGCAGAAGUCAUUUAUAAGACAAUCACUGAUGAGUUUGGUGAAAACUCUCCUGUUAUUUAUGUACUGAAAUCUAUCUUGUUGCAAAUAAAAGAAAAUGACCAAAAAGCUAUUGAAUACAUUAAUGAUUUGAUUGAAGAAAGAUUAAAGCAUGAUACAGAUCCAUUAAGUUAUUUAUUGGUAAGCAAAAGAAAGUUAUCAAUGUUAUUGAAAAACAAUUCCACUGAGGUUGUAUUAGAUAAUUGUUUGAAAUUGAUUGAAGAAUUUCCAAACGAUCCAGAAUUAUGGUGGUUUGUCGGUGAAACUUAUUUGAGUGCUGGUAAAUUCGAUGAAUCUAUUUUUGCAUUUGAAGAGGUAGUAUUGAUUCAGCCUUUCAAUUAUAUGGCAUUUUAUAAAAUCUCCGAAGUCAUUUUUUUUAAAUACAAAAGCUUAACAAUGAAUUCAAAUAAAAAGGGAAAUGCUAAGGAUAAAAAUGAAAUACUAAAUAAAUCUUUACAGAACGCAUUACGAAGUAUAGAGUUAAAUGAAUUUUUCCUAAGAGGUUGGUCUAUCGUUGCUUUAGUCUCUCAUCAGUUAGGUACUAAAGUUGAAAUAUUGAACUUAGCUCAUAAAAAAUUAAAUGAAAUUGCAGAAUUGAAGAAUAGUAGUGAAAAGGAUAAAACUACUGCAAAAGUGAUUAUAGAGAAGACUAAAUAA